AUGUAUUACGCGUUUCUCAAGCCGGACACGACUCUUCUCAUCACCAUCAACUCAUUCGGUUGUCUCGUCCAAUCCGCAUAUAUUUUCUUCUACCUCUUUUACGCGACCAAAAACGCAAGGGUCGAAACUGUGAGGCUGCUUCUUUUGCUGAAUGUGGCCGGCCUAGGCCUUAUCGUGCUGCUAACUCACUUCUUAGCAAAGGACUCGAACCGUGCGGAUAUUGUGGGAUGGAUUUGCCUUGUUUUCGCUUUGUUGGUAUUCGUGGCGCCAUUAUGUGUCGUGAGACAAGUGAUACGGACGAAAAGUGUGGAAUACAUGCCGUUCCUCCUCUCGUUUUUCCUUACCCUAAGCGCCGUCAUGUGGUUCUUUUACGGCUUGUUGCGUAAAGAUUAUAACAUUGCUAUCCCCAAUGUUUUGGGAUUCAUAUUUGGAGUACUACAAAUGAUUCUUUACGCUAUCUACAAAAACGGUGAUAAAAACGAGCCCAAAAAGCAGCAUCAGCUCUCGGAAAUCGAAAGCCAAAUGCAUGGAAUCGAUGGCCUGAAAAUUCCGGAACAUAAAGGUCCGAUUAUCGAUGUUGUGAAGCGUGCUCCGGUGGUCCCCAUUCUCAUUGACGACGAAAUUGAAAAAGCACGCUCGAUCUAA